AUGUAUAUGAUCAAGAUUUUGUUAGAAAAUCUAGAAACUGUUUGUGCAAUUUCAGGAUAUAUAUUUCAGCUCAUCUUUUCAUCAUCUGCCACUGUUUAUGGCUGGCCAAAGGAGGUUCCAUGGACAGAAGAGUUCCCGCUGACUGCAGUGAAUCCAUAUGGACGAACCAAGUGUCAUCUAAUCAUAUCUGACAUGGUUGGUCAGCUUUUCGUUGAAGAGAUCUGCCGUGAUCUUCAUAAUUCUGAUUCUAAGUGGAAGAUCAUACUAUUAAGAUAUUUUAAUCCAGUUGGCGCACAUCCUAGCGGCCACAUAGGUGAGGAUCCCUGGGGUGCUCCAAACAAUCUCAUGCCUUUUGUGCAACAAGUUGCUGUUGGGAGGCGAUCAGCACUGACAGUGUUUGGAAAUGAUUAUUCAACAAAGGAUGGUGCCCGGGUUCGUGAUUACAUCCAUGUUGUUGACUUAGCAGAUGGCCACAUCGCGGCAUUAAAAAAAGCUAUCUGAUCCAAA